AUGGAGACUGCUUCUACACAGUUGAAACCUACAGAGAAACAGAGGAAACAAGGCAAUGAGAAAUCUGACGUGAAACACACACUGUCUCUGUCUUCUUCUGUCACCAAGGUCCGGAGACGAGACUGGAGACCAUACAGUAUACACUCCUCCCACAUCAACGGGGACAUACUGGUGGGGAUGCAUACAGAUGGUGAAGCUAAAGUCAACAGGUACAACAAGACAGGGACAGAAAUACAGAACAUACAGAGAGACAACGAAGGACAGGAACUGUAUAGAAUACCAUUCUACAUCACAGAAAACAUCAAUGGUGAUGUCUGUGUAUCAGACUUUAACAAACAUGCUGUAGUGGUGGUGGAUAAAUCAGGACAACGCAGGUUUUCCUACACAGGUCAGUCGUCAACGUUCACUCCCUGUGGAAUAUAUACUGAUGUACUCGGUCACAUCCUGGUAUGUGAUGAUGACAGUAACACAGUUCAUCUCCUAAACCAGGACGGUCGGUUCUUGUCUCUACUACUCACACAACAAACUGGGAUAAAGUAUUCCUGCAGUGUGUGUGUGGAUGAUGACAACAAUCUCUGGGUGGGACAAUGGGGUAACAUAGUGAAAGUGUAUAAGUAUCUAAAGUGA